ACUAUGUAGCAUAUUCACUUUGCACUCGUUACUUGUUGAACUGCAGAGCAAGUAACUUAACAUUUGCAAGAAAUUAAAUAUUUUACAAUAAAAUGAAGUUGGCAGCCUUCCUAUUCGGGACUAUUCCCCUGGUUAUCAACUUCUACGUGAAAAAGUACAUUGAAGAUGACAAAGCCGUCACGCUUAGAGAUCUUGAAGGCGAUUUUGGAAUACCGAGGAUCAAAAGUUAUGAUUUCAUUGUGGUCGGGGGUGGUACGGCCGGAUGUGUAGUGGCGGGUCGCUUAUCUGAAAAAUUUAACGUUUUACUUCUGGAAUCUGGCGGAAAUCCUGUGCCUCAAAGCGAGGUCAACUUCUUCACCCGACAAGUUGCCACCGAUCCGGACAGUAAUUAUUUGUACAAAUCGAUCCCACAAAGAAAUAUGUCCCUCAGUAAUGGUGGGAUUGUAGGUCUCGAAACCGGUAAAAUGUUAGGGGGGUCGGGAUCCCACAAUGACCUUUGCCAUCAAAGGGGGUCUCCUCACGACUGGGACAGUUACGCAGCCAUGGUCGGCGACGCGUCGUGGUCAUAUCAAAAUGUGUUGCCUUUGUUUAAGAAGACUGAAAAUUUUGUGGGACAAUUGCUCAAUCCUGAAGAGUCAGAUUACUACGGAUACGAUGGGCCACUCACGGUUGGGACGCAUUUGCCAGCAAUAUUCUCUAAAUGGGCUGAAGCUGGGAUUGAACUUGGUUAUCCUGUCGCAGAUCCUAAUGCACAACAAAUCCCGAGUUUCGCCCCGAUACAAAAAUUAAUAGGAGAAGAUGGACGUCGUGUCAGCACGUACAAAAGUUACAUCGCUCCGUUUGAAGCUACCAGGCAAAAUCUGACCGUCGUCCGGUACUCGACCGUAACAAGGAUUCUCCUCGACUCGUCCAACCGUGCCUACGGCGUGGCCUAUUUGCGACAUGGCAUCCCCCAAAUUGCCCACGCAUCGAAGGAAGUUAUCCUCAGCGCGGGAGCAAUUAAUUCUCCUUUGGUCCUCAUGAUGUCGGGCAUUGGACCUCGAGAUGUUUUAGAGGCGGCUGAGAUUCCUGUUCUCGUCGACCUACCAAACGUCGGACAAAAUCUGGCCGAUCAUGUCUUCCUUUACCUUGGACCUUACUCUUUUAACUCGUCUGCCGCCCCAUUUCUUCCCAGAAUUCGUGAAGAGGAUCUCGAAGAAGCUCUCACGACCUAUUUGAACACCGGGUUUGGUGAGUUUGGCGAAUUACAAGAAGGACCCCAAGUCUUUUACGUGUCUAGCAGAGCCGUAGCAGAAGGUCAAGGGACAUGGCCGGAUGCAAGAAUCAACCUUGAUGCAGCCUGCCCCAUGAUUAUGGAUGACGAUGUCGAAUCCCAAGCGUGUUUCUUUUUUGAACUAGACCGACCAAAAUCAAGGGGGUCUGUUUCCUUAAAUACGGACGCUUAUGUUUCCGGAGUGACGAAUUUUGUUGAGCUGGCGGACAUUGAUUUUAAUGGGUUCAGUGAUCCGACUGAUCUUGAACUUCUGAUUGAAGGAAUUGACCUGGUUUCUGAUAUUAUUGAGACUCGAGCGUUUCAAUCGAUGGGGGCUUCGUACGCUGGAACACCGAUUAGCGGCUGUACCGGCGUCCCCUUCCUCUCUCGAGAGUACUGGGUUUGCUAUAUCAACCAACUGUCUACCACUGCGAUUCACAUGGUUGGAACUUGCGCAAUGGGGGCUGUGACCGACUCAAAACUGAGAGUAUUUGGCGUCCCUGGCCUUCGAGUUGUCGAUGCCUCAGUUCUGCCCGCCACACCAAACGCUAAUCUUAACUACCCGGUCAUUCUAGUCGGGGAGAAGGCAGCUGAAGACAUUAUGCGGGACUGGGGAGGUCGAGCUAGUCAAAAUAACGCAUAAUAAAUAAAUAAGUAUCAAUCAUUGUUGACGAAUGGAUGUGAUAAAUCAUUCCCUGGGUGUUUCACUUGUUGGCAAAUGAAUUUGAUAUGAAUAAAAUAUGGUGUAUAAAAUCUGAAA